UUACAAACUGAGCAGGAGAGAAGUCAUCGGCACCAUUACGUGGAGGCAGGGCUGCCGGAAAAGGCAACAGGAAACGCACAGGAAUCUCAUCACUUUGUCUGGAAAAUGCCUUUUAUCCUUUGUGUCUUUGCAGCGCAGAAGCCAGACCAGAUGGUGUGAGGAAGACCCAGCUUUGAAUGGGCUGCAUUCACAAGCUCUCGCUCUGACGGCUGUGUGCCACCGCUCUUCCUCUUCCUUUGUUACUGGGGAAAACGCUUGAUUGUAACGUGAGGGUGAUAAUCUUGAACAGGAAGACUAGUGGAAAGUGGCUGACGACAAGAAGGGAGAGGUAAAAAAACAAAUGAAAAAAGCCAGUGACAACAACUUCACGUCAAGCAGGGGGUAAAUGGUGAUCCACGGUCGAUGUCAAAGAUUCUGUGCGGCCACUUGGUUUGGAUCAUGACGCUGGGAAAAAAAAGAGCGCAUGGUGUUCUUUUAACUUGCCUGUGGUUGAACAAAACAUUGUAGAUACCAAGAAGUAGGUGUUGAUAUUUGUUCCCGUGUUGACACAGGUUUCAACAAUGACUGACUUGGCUUUGUAAAUGUUUCAACACAAAGAAAACAAAAUCUCCCAUGCCUUCCUCCAAACGCCAGUGAGGAGCUGGUGGGUGAUCGUAAUGUGUUAACCAGAGGCGCUGAAGAUUCAUAGCCAGGUUUUUGUGGUGGGAGUUUUGGGAGUGUAAAACUUGUAUUAUUCCUCUGGUUUUGAGUGAGGGGAUCAACCCACUCCUUUGGCCAGGUUUCAACACUGUCUCUUUGGACACAAUAAGUUACUGGAUCAUUUGGUAUAGCGGAGCAAUCUAGCACCAAUCCAGUGGCGUAACGCAUGCCUAUGUGACUCAGAUUAACAGAUUACAGAAAAGUUCUGCAAAAUGACCACAGACAUCAGCGGUCGUCUUCCUCUCAAUGUCUAUGUCAUCAUUCUUGGGAUAGGCCUCUUCAUCUUCAUGUUGAGCAUGAUCUUCUGUUGCUACCUGUUCAGAUUGAGGCGACAGAGCACACAAGAACAAUAUGGAUAUAAUGAGGUCAUUCUAAAAGGUCCAGGGAAAAAACUGAGUCUUCUUGGACAGACCUGUGCAGUUUGCUUGGAAGAGUUUCGGAGCCGGGAUGAACUGGGGGUUUGCCCUUGUUCUCAUGCGUUUCACAAAAAGUGUCUGGUGAAGUGGCUGGAAAUUCGCAGUGUUUGCCCCAUGUGCAACAAGCCCAUCUGCAGGCUCCAGCCAGAUCCUCAGCAGGGGGCCGAGGGGCCCCAGAACCCCCUGGAGGUGUGACAGAAGAGGGACGUCACUGCUCAGAGAUAGGCAGGCUCUCACACACCUAAGAACAGCGUUAAAAAACACCACAAUACUGGGACGGGCAGGUGGGCAGACUAGUCCCAAAUACACAACAAUCGCCCCUGCCCACCAAUCACCAGAUUUCUCCUGGAUAUGUAGAUGGGGGGAGGGAGGGAAAGUGGGAUUUUCCCAGUGCAACUGAAUUGAUGUGCCGUAUUCUUGGCCAUAAUGUAGCUUGCAGCAAGAUAAAUUGAUGCCUUGUGGACUCCAAACAGACAAAUAUUCAGACCAGGACAGAUGCACAAAACAUGAGGUCUGUGGAAUGUCACUGUGGAAUAUGCGUGAAGUUAAAGAAGUCCUCCUCUAACAGAGACUGUCGUGUUUAGGAAGGCCAAGAUACAGAAUCCAAAGUGAGGAGCAGCUCAGUGACCUAAAGUCCUGACCUUAGGCAUCAGUAAGCUCAUCGGAUUUUACUCUUGCCAAUAUUUUGACAUUUGACACUUAUAAAUGUGUUUGCUUAGAGUCAGGGAGUGUUCUGAGUGCUAAAGGGAACUGAUGGUCUUAAUGAGAACCCAUGCUUUAAUUCAGAAGCCUCUGAGUCAGACUGGAUGAAAUUUGGCCUAAUUUAAGUUAAGGUGGAUGUUUUGUACUGUACAUUGUUAUCAAUAAAAUGUAAAGUUUCUGUGAUGGAA